AUGGAGAAGGGUGAGGAGGACCCAGGCCAUGGUGGAAACACAAGCUCUAAGUUCUUCAGGCCCAAAAUCAAGGCUGGGCUCCCAGGCCUCUGUCCCUUCAGCGCAGUGCAGAGCAGGGCUUGCCCCUAUGUGCACAUCUGCUCCCUGCAAGGUUUUGGAACUUCAGGCAUUACAUUUGGAGGUUCCACCGAGACCUCCCCCGAGCCCACCAGACUUCUGGUCAACGGGUCGUAUCUGAUUCCGAUCGCUGCCCCCAUCCCUGCUCCCGACCCCAUUCCCCCUGCGCCGGCAGAGCCUCCCGUAGCCCAGCCAAUGGAAGAACUAGAAAAUAGGGAGGCUCAACCCGCGCCCAUGCCUAAUGGGGGCGAAAUCCAAGGGCCAGCUGGACGUACCCAUCCCCUCCCCGAACCUAGGAUAACGCUACAAGUGGAGGGGAACCCAGUUCAAUUCCUAGUCGACACAGGGGCACAACAUUCGGUCUUGAUCAGACCCCAUGGAAAAAUUUCUGAAAAAUCUUCCUGGGUCCAAGGGGCUACCGUAAUAAAAAAAUAUCCCUGGACCACCCAGAGGACUGUGGACCUAGGAAAUGGAAAGGUCACCCAUUCCUUCCUAGUCAUCCCUGACAGCCCCUGCCCCUUAUUAGGAAGAGACUUGCUCACUAAAAUGGGGGCCCAGAUUCAUUUUACGCCAGGAGGCCCCCAAGUGACUGGCCCUCACAACCAACCCAUGACUAUACUUACUCUAAGAUUAGAAGAUGAAUAUCGACUCCAUCAGGAGCCACCCUCACAAAGUCAAAACAUAGAGCCCUGGCUCCAGCAGUUUCCAGAAGCAUGGGCUGAAACUGGGGGUAUGGGGUUGGCUAAAUAUCGCCCAGCUCUAUUCAUAGAGCUGAAACCGGGGGCAUAUCCAGUUCGGGUCCGACAAUACCCGAUGUCAAUGGAGGCCAGAAAUGGCAUCACGCCACAUAUCCGUCGCCUCCUAGACUUAGGCAUCUUGCGUCCCUGCCAUUCAGCCUGGAACACCCCCCUGCUGCCUGUACGAAAACCUAACAGUGCGGACUACCGUCCGGUACAAGAUCUAAGAGAAGUUAACCGCCGAGUCAUGGACAUACACCCAACAGUACCCAACCCCUAUACCCUCCUAAGUGCCCUCAGCCCAGAAAGACAAUGGUAUACUGUCCUUGAUUUAAAAGAUGCUUUUUUCAGCCUGCCUCUGGCCCCCAAAAGCCAAGAGCUCUUCGCCUUCGAGUGGUCCGACCCUGAGAGAGGCAUAAAUGGGCAACUCACCUGGACCCGGCUCCCCCAAGGAUUUAAAAACUCACCCACCUUGUUCGAUGAGGCACUUCACGAAGAUCUGGGUAAGUACUGGAAUCAAAACCCUGAAGUGACUCUCUUGCAGUAUGUUGACGAUCUUUUAAUCGCCGCUGAGACUGCCGAAGCUUGCUUGCAAGGCACCAAAAAUCUCCUCCAGACACUUGGUGCCCUGGGGUACCGGGCUUCAGCAAAGAAAGCCCAAAUUUGCAGAUCCGAGGUAACCUACUUGGGGUAUCUGUUAAGAGAAGGCCAACGAUGGCUCACUGAUGCACGGAAGGAAACUGUCCUUCGCAUCCCCCGACCCACAACGCGAAAGCAGGUAAGAGAAUUCCUGGGAUCGGCCGGGUUCUGCCGCUUGUGGAUACCUCGGUUCGCCGAGAUGGCUAAGCCUCUUUACCUGGUCACCCGAGAACAGGCGCCCUUUGAGUGGACAGAGGAAACUGAGCAGGCUUUCCAGCAAAUUAAACUCGCCCUGUUGUCGGCACCAGCCUUAGGGCUCCCCGAUGUCUCCAAACCCUUUCAUCUCUUCGUAGAUGAAAAUAAAGGGGUAGCCAAAGCAGUGCUGAUGCAACUCCUUGGCCCAUGGCCCAGGCCCAUUGCCUAUCUUUCAAAAAGACUAGACCCAGUAGCGGCUGGCUGGCCCCCUUGCCUCCGUAUGAUUGCUGCUACAGCUCUAAUGGUAAAGGAUGCUGAUAAGUUAACUAUGGGACAAGAGUUACAUGUCACAACCCCUCAUGCCAUCGAGGGAGUCCUCAAACAACCUCCUGACCGAUGGAUAAGUAACGCCCGACUGGUUCACUACAAGGGACUAUUAUUAAAUCCCCUCAGAAUCAUUUAUACUCCCCCCUGAACACUAAACCCUGCCUCCCUGUUACCAGACCCGGACUUGGAUACCCCCCUCCAUGACUGUGCUGAGAUAUUGGCACAGGUUCAUGGAGUUCGGGAAGAUUUACAGGAUCACCCGCUACCAGACACCGAAGUUACCUGGUUCACUGACGGCAGCAGCUUUGUACAUCAGGGUCAAAGGUACGCGGGGGCAGCAGUCACAACUGAAACUGACUGGGCAGAGCCUUUGCCAGCAGGCACCUCUGCCCAACGGGCUGAACUUGUGGCCUUAACCAAGGCACUGACUUUGGGAAAAGGCAAGAAACUAAACGUGUAUACCGAUAGCAGAUAUGCUUUUGCUACGGCCCACAUACAUGGAGCUAUAUACAGAGAGAGGGGACUGUUAACUGCAAAGGGGAAAACUAUCAAAAACAAAGAAGAAAUAUUGGCUCUUUUAAAGGCACUUUGGCUGCCUAAACGACUAGCCAUCAUACAUUGCCCAGGCCACCAAAAACCGAUCACACCGGUGGCCAGAGGAAAUAAUUUGGCUGACCAGGUGGCCCGAGAGGCGGCAUUACAGGUGGACUGUGUUUUAAUGACCACCCUACCAGACCCCAACUGUAGCAUAAUUCUCCCAGAAGAAAUGGGAAAUAAAGUCUUAUCCAAGAUGCAUCGAGCCACUCAUAUGGGCACAAGAAAAAUGCAAGACUUAAUAAGACAUGCUAGAAUCACCAUUAAAGACUCCAGGACAAAAAUUGAACAGAUAGUUGCUAGCUGUAAAGCUUGCCAACUAACUAACGCCACCAACCAUGGGAAAAACCCUGGCUCCAGAACCCACGGAACCAGGCCGGGAGCCUAUUGGGAAGUAGACUUCACCAAGGUAAAGCCUGGAAAAUAUGUAUAUAAAUAUUUACUAGUGUUUAUAGAUACCUUUUCAGGAUGGACAGAGGCCUUCCCCACCAAACAUGAGACUGCGCAGGUAGUAGCAAAGAAAAUGUUAGAAGACAUCAUGCCCAGGUACAGAUUCCCUACCCUAAUAGGAUCAGACAAUGGACCAGCAUUCGUUUCAAAGGUAAUACAAGGGAUAGUGCAGUUUAUUGGGGCCGAUUGGAAACUACAUUGUGCAUAUAGACCCCAAAGCUCAGGACAGGUAGAAAGAAUGAAUAGAACCCUAAAAGAGACCCUAACCAAAUUGACCAAGGAGACUGGCGCUAACUGGGUAGUCUUACUCCCCUACGCUCUGUUCAGGGUGCGAAAUUCCCCCUACAAACUGGGAUUAACCCCCUUUGAAAUCAUGUAUGGAAUACCCCCUCCUAUAAUUCCCAACCUACAGUCUAAUGUGUUAACUGAAUUUGAUGAUCAUAAACUUCUUAUUUCCCUGAGGGAACUCCAGCGCACCCACCAGAAAGUUUGGCCCAGACUGAGAGCCAUUUACGAGACCGGGCCCCCUCCUGAGCCGCAUCACUACCGACCCAGAGAUUGGGUAUACGUGCAGAGACACAAGCAAGAGACCCUCCAACCACGGUGGAAGGGACCCUACAUUGUGAUCCUAACCACACCCACUGCUCUCAAAGUCGACAGGAUUGCUACCUGGAUCCAUUACAUCCACGCCCGACCAGCUGAUCCCUUAGCGGUUUGAGAAGACUUCAUGCUGAAAGCCAACACCGCCUUGACGGUUGACCAGAGUAAGACCCAUCCUUUAAAACUGACUCUGCGUCGAAAACCUGACCCCGAAAACCGGCUGAGACCAAAGGCCUGGGUGUCCCAUACCAAGACUGUUACAGCAGCUCCGGACCCACAAUGAUCGAAGGAACACUCAUUAGCGUGCUCCUGCUCACCUCCUAUGGACUGAUAAGUAUUGCGAGCAACCCCCAUAUACCCUAUACUUUAACUUGGGAGGUUUCUAAUUUGGAAACCCAGGAAGUCUAUAAUACUACCACAGCAGACGAUACUCCCCUAAAUGCCUGGUGGCCUGAUCUAUAUUUUAACCUAGAGGACGUGGCCGUAACCAUGGGGGUACUUCCCCCCACCGGAAGCCGCCAGCGUCCUAAUCCGUCAUGGACCGGAACCCCAGAAAAUGAAAAAAAGCGCAUAAGAUCUGGUGGGUUUUAUGCAUGUCCCGGGUUCAGAACAGGAGCCAUGA